AUGAAAAUAUGCAUUAAUGAAAAUCAUCGAGUAGGUAAAUAUUCCAUUGAGAGGGAUGUUUUUCAUGAUGCUCCGUGGAAUGGAAUAUCGAUAAAAUUUCAAAUACAUCCCGACGACGUGUUUGAAAGUUAAAAUGUAUUAAUGCAUCUAUGUUUUAUUGUUUUCUUUUUUUUCUUUUCUUUCCUAUUUCAGUGCCGACUGGAAAGCCUAUAAUUACCAGCGCCCAUAACACGUCCGCCACGUCGAUUUAUUUGGCGUGGAAGGCGCCCAGUCCUGACACCAUCCACGGUGAAUUCCUUGGUUACCGAAUCGGCUAUAAACCUCGGGACAAACCGUAUAUGGAAGAAAAAGAAGUGUACAUCCGUAAUCCAGCCAUUGACAAUCACACAAUCCGCAAUCUGCAAACAUAUACCCAAUACCUGGUGUCGUUACAAGUGUUCAACCCAGAAGGUCAUGGUCCUGCAACUACUAUCUCCGUAAUGACCGACGAAGGAGGUGAGAUUACAAAUUCAUUACAAUAUUCAUUAUUGAUCGUGAAAUGUAUCUACCAACGGGUGACAAAAUUGUCUCUGACGUUCGCUUCGUUUCUAAUUUGGCGCAUCAGCGUUGAACCAACCGAUAAAACAGAACAUUUAGUAGUUUCAUUGUACCUUCGGUCGAUACAUACUUCAAAGAUACCUACCUUAGCUGAACUUGGAGACGAAGAUUCCUGUAACAGCGUCCUCUUAUCGACAAUCGUAAUUGAAGGAAUCUGA